GUCCAUCAGCAGCAGCCACCCCCACAACAGGUCAACCAACAGCAACAACCUCCCCCUCAGCAGGUUGUUGAAAUUUUUAAGUGUUUGCCUAACAGUGAUUCGUUUGUGUGGGUGAAUUUUGAAUCAGGGUGUUGGGUGAACCAACAGCAGCAGCCAUCCGCUCAACAGAUCCACCAACAGCAGCCACCACCCGCUCAACAGGUUGUUGACUUAUUUUCGACGUGUUUAUCUAACAGCAGUUUUCCAUUCAAACGUCUUUUAAUCUAUUUUAUAAUUGUUUGGUGGCCAAGUGAAGGCAUAUUAACCCUGCUAGUAACCGAAUAG